CCAAACACUUCAUAUUGAUUGCAAAAAAAAGUAAACACAACAUAAUUUUUAUCAUUCACAUUAAAGUUGUUGAUAUUUACAGAGCUAAUUUAAGAGUUGAAAAAGUAAAGUUUAUAAAAAUAUAAAAUAAAACAUGGCUGGUAAGCGCACAAUGAAAAGAUCUAAAACUACAAAUGACGCUGAAAAAGAAAAGACCAAACAAGAUAAAGAAAAUGAAGAAAAUCCACCUAAAAGACGCAGCACUCGCUCAACACGCAACACCCGCUCCAUGGCCGAAGAAGGUGGCCAAGGUGCGGCUGCUUCACCCGAAAAAGAGACCAAAAAACUAACAUUUAUUAAAUAUCGCGGUGCGAUCAAAUACCAUACCGAUGGCAAUGAAAUAGCUGAAGCUUCAGACAAUUUAAUACAAUGGGUUGAAAAACAACCGGGCGAUGGUUUAGUGCCCAUUGCCUUUGACAUGGAAUGGCCAUUUUCAUUUAAAACUGGUCCCGGCAAAUCGGCGGUUAUACAAAUUUGCGCCGAGUUAAAUACUUGUUAUAUAUUUCAAUUAACAAAUCUUAAGAAACUGCCAGCUGCCCUGGUGGCUUUGCUCAAACAUAAGCGUGUACGUUUGCAUGGUGUUAAUGUGAAAAAUGAUUUUCGUAAAUUAGGACGUGAUUUCCCUGAAGUGAACUCCGAUGAUCUCAUUGUCAAUGGUUUAGAUUUGGGUGUAUGGUGCAAUGAAGUUUGUGAGACUGGAGGUCGGUGGAGUUUAGAUCGUUUAGCUAAUUAUGCGGUGGAAAAAGCUAUAGACAAAAACAAAAAAGUGCGCAUGAGUAAAUGGCAUGUUAUACCUUUGGAUGAAGAUCAACUCAUGUAUGCCGCUAUUGAUGUUUAUAUUGGUCAACUUAUCUAUCUGGAGUUGGAGAAACGAGCCAAAUUAAAGGAA